AUGACUACCAAAGGAAGAAGCAAAAUCAUAAGAAGGAGAGUUAUCAAGUCUUGUCAGUACUGUUACGCUCACAAAUUGAAGUGUAAUCGCGAAAGUCCCUGUCUGACUUGUCAGCAGCAAGGUACACAAGAUCAAUGUGUGUACAACUUCCAGGAUAAUGAUACACUGACCCAUAGAAAGUCGUUAGAGCAAUUUAAAGUUCUUAAAGAGCCGCGAUAUACUCUAAGGUCAUCGACACAGUACAAGUUGUUCAAACCGAAGACAUUCUACCCAUUUUUUAGCAGUUCAUUAACAGAUAAGUUAGUCUUCUCUUCUAUAUAUGAUGAUGUGGCUUUGACACCAAACUUUACUAGAAAUCCUAUUACUAGAUUAAACAAGUUGGACAAACAAAAUCUCCCUGAUUCUAUCGAUGAUGUGAUAUCUAUAUUACCGAAAUCUUUGGAAGAAGCCUUAUCGCAGUUGGAUAUAUUUCAAUCAUCCAUUCAUGCUAUAAUACCUGUUCUUUCAAUCUCCGAGAGCCGACAAGCAAUAACGAAUUUCUAUGAAGAUUUGAGCUCAUCACAGAUAAAUACUACAGAUGCGUUAGUUUUGUUAGGGAUUCUAUUCUGCUCUUCAUAUUCAGCCAUUGCUUCUGGUAUUGUAAUAGACACCGACAUAUGUACCAAUUACUAUAAUGGCUACAGGUUUUUACUUCAUCAUUCCGAUUUCCCGAGAUACCCAACAAUAGAAGCAUUGCAAGUUUUCACAGUGGUUAAUUUUGUUAUUGACCCUAACAUGUUAGACAUGACUGGCCAUUCAGCUAUGCUAAUUAGAGUUGCGCAGCAGCUUGGUCUGCAUAAAAAUGACCAAUAUAGAGGAGAUAAGACAAAUCAAAGGUUAAACUUUUUGUGGAAUUAUUUACUUUACAUUGAUGGUUCCACUUCUGUUGUACAUGGAUUCCCUUUCUCAACAAGAACAUGGUUGUACCAACAAACAGAUAUUGAUCUAAAAUAUAGAGACCCCGAUCUGGCAAUUCCUGUUGAAUUCUCUCUUGGUAGAUUUUGUAUUAAUAAAGUAUUUCGGUCUGUUAUGGAUAUGUCAAUAGAUGAGGAGACGAUAGGCGACAGGUUAAGACUGCAGAAAGAGAUUAGUGAACUCUGCUCUGUCCUAAUAAGGCUUUCUAAGGAUCUGGAAUCGCGAUUAGGAAGGAUCAAAGCGCAGUAUUUUAAUUCAACUUUGUUCAUUUUUUUAUUCCGCCUACAUUCCAGGUUCAUUUUACUAACUUCAGGGCAGCUUCCGCAAGACAAAAUUCUGGAAUCCCAAAAUACCGAUAAUAAAAAGGUAGAGUAUUCUAUUAACAAUAUUACUUGGAUUUUAGAUAAGCCUCAGAAGUUUGACGUUAAGGUUACUACUUUAUCUCUACUUAUUCUCAUACAAACUCUCCGCCGCAUAACACAGGAUAGCAUAGACAAAUAUUUGUGGUAUACAAAGGGUUCCACAGUAAUGCAAUAUUUAUUUGUGUUGCUAAAAGAUCUUUAUCAGCACCCUAGUUCUGAUCUGCAUAUCGAGGAUGUUUUCCCUGAGUAUGGUACUGUGGUUGGUGAGGAAAUAUUAAAUUCCUAUUCGAACAAUCCUAACGUUUUUAAAAUUGUUCUUUUGGAUAUCCUAAUUGGAGUUUUGGAGUUGAAAUUGGCACCGCUUUGGAGCAAUUCCGAUUUAUUUCAAUUUACAUUAGUAAAAUCACUUAAAGAAGCAGUUGAGGUUAAGUUCAGCGACUUCAUUGACGCAAAUGAUGCAAAAAUACAUCUUCUCAAAGAAAGUGUCGAUCUCUUUAGGUUAGCAGAGAAAUGUCUUGUAAAUAAGAGUAGCAUUUGCUUGGAAGAUUGUUUAAGGAUUUGGGAAAAUGAUGAUGAAUUCCUACAAUACACUAAGAGUUUUGCCGAGUGGCUAACAGAAUUGUAA